UAUUUCUAAUUUGCGGAUCAAGGUUGUUAGAGCAUACUGCAAUAAAUUUGCUGUCAUAACUUCAGAAUUCACAAAAAUAUUCACUUGCUGAAACGACAUCUAUCAAGAAGCACCAUGGCUGGCAUUAUCAAGCAGGCAACUGGCUUGACUGGAAUGCAUGUGGCUAAAAAUCCCCACCACACGCUGACUGCCCUUUACAACAAGAUUCUUCGAGCCGUCGGCAAGAUGCCGCAGGAUGCCGCAUAUCGACGAUACACCGAGCAAAUUGUGUCUGAGCGUGCUAAGAUUGUUUCCACGACGCCGAAUGUGCGGGAAAUUGAGCAAAAGAUAAACUGCGGCCAGGUAGAGGAGCUGAUCGUCCAGGCAGAGAACGAACUGACGCUGGCUCGUAAAAUGCUCGGUUGGAAACCAUGGGAGCCGUUGGUCAAGCAAGCGCCAGCUAGUCAGUGGGCCUGGCCACCAGCGAAUCUGCCGGAGUUGAAGUGAAACGAUCGCCGGACGCUGUGUGGCAAUCUUUCCUUCCGCUCAUAACACUCGUAGGCAAUGAAAUGUACAAGGCUCGUAUGUAAAUAAAAUGUCGCACAUCAACGAUGCGCAUUUAAGGAACACCACGGA